UCGCCUUGUACCAGUAAAUAGGUGGAGUUAAUACCCAUUUCCAAAAAUAGUUGGGGAUCGAGAGAGAGAGAAGGGGGAAAAUGAAAAUGGUGCAAGAGGAAAUCCGAAAGGGUCCUUGGACAGAACAAGAGGAUAUCCUUCUUGUCAACUUUGUGACCCUAUUUGGGGAUAGAAGAUGGGACUUUAUAGCCAAAGUUUCAGGUUUGCAAAGGUGGCGGGCGAACAGAUGAUAAGCAAUCUAAUUAGGAGAUGGCCAACUUUUCGAAGGGACCAUCCUUUAACCCAUGAUUUUGUUGUAGGUUUAACAAGAACCGGAAAAAGUUGCCGGUUGCGAUGGGUUAAUUACCUGCACCCUGGCCUCAAGCGGGGGAAGAUGACCCCUCAAGAAGAGCGCCUUGUGCUGGAACUUCACGCAAAAUGGGGAAACAGGUGGUCCAGAAUUGCCAGAAAAUUACCUGGGCGAACAGAUAAUGAGAUAAAGAAUUACUGGAGAACCCAUAUGAGGAAAAAGGCUCAAGAGGGGAAAGGGUCUAUAUCCUCGUCAUCUUCCAAGGGUUCUUCCUCAUCAUCAACUAUCACUACAGUUGAUUCCUUAGCUUUCCCAGAUGCUGGAAAAGCAAACUUUUAUGACCCAGCAGGCCCUGAUAUGAGGGGUUUGGAAGAGAAGAAAAGUGAAGAAAUAGAAGAUGAAAAGGGGAACUCCAUGGAUGAUAUAUGGAAGGACUUUGAUCUUUCUGAAGAAAACACAAUAAAACCUGUAUGUGACACCUACUGUAAAGAAGGUUGCAAUUUCUCUGACCCUUUAGUUGCUUCUCCAUCAUGGGAGCACUGUUGGGACACACUCUGGAAGAUAGAUGAAGAAGAAAGUAAGAUGCUUCUCCCUACCAAUCAAUUCCUUUCUUUUCAAGAAUAUGGGAGGGAACUUUUAAUCGGCUAACUAGAUUUCAUUAAUUUAAUUUUUCUUCAUAUGUAAAAUAUCUCUAAGGAAGCUCUCCCCUGUAAUAGUUUUGUUUUCUCUAAGCUUUCUGGUACCACUGCAAUGAUCCUAUUGCAGUAACUUUAGUGUAUGUCACUAUGUUUGUGUGGUUUUAAUUUUUCAGAGUAAGAGAGAGCCCUUAGAAAUCUACCUUAAGGAGAUUGGUAUAUCCAUGUUCAUGAAUGUGAUGUAUAAUACGCCUUUGAAGCUUAAACUUUGAAUCAAAGUGGUGCUCUUUA